CGCGGUCCUCGUGCCCAGCCCCCUCCCUGGGACCCUGGAGCGGGAGGGGCGCCACAGGUCCAGCAUUUGGGGGUAAUGGAUGGCUGCCGGAACCAGGGCACCCACGGAAUGGUUGCUUGGGAAGGGACAGUGCAUGCUAUUGACUGUUGUUGGGCAUGGGGUUCAGGGAUAAAAGUGCCGCAUGCAGCAGUGAUUACAUGGAUUUUCAAGAAACCCAUGCAGUUUGGUUCAAAGGAGAAAGUAGUGUCCUGAGGAAAACACCUUUGACCUACAUCAGGUCGUCAUCGCAAAUGGCAGGGACUCAAUAACCAUUUUGGAAGGGGUUGAUUUUGUUUUGUUUUUAAGAAAGCCCGGCCUUCAACUCCUAGCAGCGAUGGCCUUGAACUCCUGAUCCUCCUGCCUCUAACCCCCACCCCCAAGAUCUCGUGUUACAGGCACGUGCUACUACACCCAGUCAGUUUUGGGUUUUUUUAAGACAGUCACCAGUUGCCCCGACUGGCCUGGAACCCACAGCAAUCCUGCUGCCUUAGACGCCUAACUGCUUGGAUUACAGAAAUGAGUCAGCAGGCAUGGUUCAGUAAAUGUUUAUUAAACUAAUGGAGUCCAAGAAAAAUACCUAAUAAGCAGGUGAUACAGGCCAGAAAGGAUACAGGAAAUUCAAGGCUAGCCCUUACCAUUUAUCAAGACCUUGUCUCAAAAAAAGGGGGGUGAUGGGGGAGAACAUUUGGUUAGCAUUUGUUUAUAAGGUUCUAGGUUCAAUGCCUUUUUGUUUGUUUGUGUUUUUGUUUUUCUAGACAGGAUUUCUUUGUGUCCCCCUGGCUGUCCUGGAACUCCCUCAGAAGACCAGGUUGGCUGCCUCUGCCUCCCAAAUGCUGGGACUAAAGGCAUGUGCCCCCACGGCCCAACCUAAUGCCCAUUUUUUAAAAGCAAAUCCCCUCUAAUGAAAAUGGGAUAGGAAAUCUCUUGAGAAUAAUAUUGUGACUAAAGAGUACAGAAACGGGCUGGAGAGAUGGCUCAGUGGUUAAGAGCACUGACUGCUCUUCCAGAGGACCUGGGUUCAACUCUUAGCACCCACAAGGCAGCUAACAACGGUCCGUAACUCCAAGAUCAGACACCCUCACACAGAGAUACAUGCAGGCAAAAUACCAAUGUAUGUAAAAAAUAAAUAAAUUAUUAAAAAAGAAAAAAAUACUGGCUUUCAAAGCACCAUUGUUUUAAAAAAAAAAAAAAGAGUACAGAAACAAAGCUGGCCUUGGUGGCAGGCACCUUUAACCCCUGCAUUCUGGAAGUAGGAGCAGAUGAGUCUCUAUGAGUUUGGGUCCAACCUGGUCUACACCGUGUUCUAGUCCAGCCAGGAAUACACACAUAGUGAGGGCUUGUCUCAAAAAUAAUUAAUUAGCUAAUUGAUUAUUUUUUUAAAAAAAUCAGGGGGCUGAGGAGAAGGCUCAGUCAAUAGUGCCUUGGGCACAUGCCUGAGUUCAGGUCCCCCCAUUAAAAGCUGGGUGCAAUGACAUGCCUGUAACCCUACCACUAGGGAUGGGAGCUGCAACAGGUGGAUCUCUGAAGCUCAUUGGCCGGCCAGUCUAGCUAAAGCUGUGAGCUUCAGAUUCAGUAAGAUGGCCCUGUCUGGGGGGAAAAAAAAUCAAAGCGGAGCACAGUAGAGGAAAGCUAUCCAACAGUGUCGGCCUCAGCUCCACACACAGGUCCACGCAGCCACGUGCACACUCCUGAAACCCACACCCAGUCAAAAUGAUGGCAUACAAAGAGCAGAUGGGCAUGGCUAGCACAGGUGGGGCUUAGGACUGAGCAGCCACGUAAGAUUGUUUUUAAGGACUGGAUAAAUGCAAAGAGGUACAAUGACGGGCGUUGAAGAGGAUGCCCGGAAACCCUGUUUGGGAGGAUAGAGUGUAAGCAUCCUUGAGAACUCUAGGAGGGCAAACGUAUCUGUGCCUGAAGCUGGCAUUCAGCACGGCAAAAGAGGAAGAUGUUUGUGUUGAGCAAAUACUUGAGAAAGAAGAGAGUAGUUUCUGGGAAAGGAGGGUCUACGAGAAAGGUUAUGGGCUGAAGACAGGAGAAGCAGGGAGAAAGCUGGGUCCUGAGAGGGACAAGAUGAAUGAGCACAGAUGUGGCUUCCCAAAAGCAGAAGGGCUGGUUAGGACAGAGCCCAUGUGACUGUCCUGAGCCACCACUCCUGCCCUAGAUCCAUGGACCCCAAUGAAGCACCUGCUCUCCACCACUGCUCUGCUGACUCUUCCCCAGGGAGUGAGGACAGAGUCCCCCAGAGCACAGAGCUCAUUCCCAGGAGACCUGUCAGUCGCUCUCCAACCUGUGCCCGCUGUCGUAACCAUGGUGUCACAGCCCAUCUCAAGGGCCACAAGCGCCUCUGCCUCUUUCAGGCUUGCGAGUGUCACAAAUGUGUCCUUAUCCUGGAACGUCGGAGAGUCAUGGCUGCCCAAGUGGCCUUGCGUAGGCAGCAGGAGGCUCAGCUGAAGAGGCACCUGGCUCAGGGCCUGAUGAAAGGGGCAACCCCCCUGAAAGCUCCCCUCCGUGUCAAGAAGGGAGCCAUUCGACCAGGGGUCCCUUCUGGAAAGGAGAACAUAGCACCCCAGCCUCAGAGUCCCCAUGGAGCAGUCCCACUGGUGCUGACACCCCCUGGGAAGGAGAACUAUGGGCCUCUGCUGCUCAGCCGCCCCCAGGAAGCCUUGCCUUUGCCCUGGACUCCGGUGCCUCCUGGGCCUUGGGGCCCUGGACACUGGCUGCCACCAGGCCUCUCAAUGCCGCCUCCAGUAGUGUGCCGCUUGCUGUGCCAGGAACCUGCUGUCCCUCUGCAUCCCUUCCCUGGCUUUGACCCUGGCACAUCUCUCCGGCUGCCCACUCAUGGAACCCUCCCAACCUGCCCAGGAUCUCGCUCAGUGCUGGCAGCUCCACUUUCUGGAGAGCCCCAAGGACCCCCUAACCUACCUCACACAUGUUCAACUCUGAUACUCCAGUCCUGUGGAGCCCCGGACUCUCUUCUGCUACAGCCACAGGCCCCUGGAACCCCUUGCCUGGCCUGGACGUCUGGCCCCUCAGAGCGGCAGUUGCAGCGAGAGGCAGCUGAGGCCCUUGUAGGUCUGAAAGAUUCAUCCCAGGCUCCCCGCCUGGCUCCAUCUGUCCCCCCAAACCCUGCCUGGAUCUCUCUGCUUCACCCCUGUGGCACACCAGCUCCUCCUGGGGGAAGAGGAUUCCAGCCUGUCGGCCCACCUCUCCGGCCCAGUCCAGCUUCCUCUGUCUCUCUGCACAUUGGGCGUCUGGGAUCCAUCUCCCUCCUCAGCUAGAAACCAAGAUGGAGUCUGCCACACUGGGACAAGGAGAUGACAAACUGCAGGCACUGCAUAUUUGGUAUUUUAUUUAUGCAUUUUGCAUAGGAUUUAGUGUAAUGCAAGCUUCAGCCUUUUCUUUUUUAAGCUUUCAGGUUCCUUUUGUAGUGUGGGUAUUUCCUUGACUGGGGGUGGAUGUUCUCUCGCCCUUUUUAAGUCCCUCAAUGGAGGCAGCUGGGCAGUUUAAGAGGACCCAUAUCUAAAUACAUUUUUGCAUGAGUUUAUGUUCUAUAUAUGCCUGUGUGCUCACGUCUGUCUCUGCAUGUGAAAAUACAAGAAUAUGUUCACAUUGUAUGUAGGUUUCUGUAAGCAAGAAAUAAACCUUUGCUGUUUAAGCCAUCAA